GCGGCCAGAAAAUCAGCUGCUUCCUUUCCUCCAGGACCACGUUCUCACCUCCAGCCAAUUUGCUCGAGGAAUAAGAUUUCCAGGGCCCACCUAAAAGUUUCCUGACUUCACAAACACCGCGCGAGACAGGCGUGGGCUUCCACUCCCGGCUCCCGGAAUCAGGGAGCCACUGGUGCGAAGAGCGCCCAAAACUCAGAAAGAAAACGCACCCGUCAGGGAGCAAGAAGGGUGGAGGAGGAAGCAUGCUUGGAGUGGGCGUUCUCCUGCUGGGUCAAGGUACCGGAUGGAGCUUUUUGCAUCAGAGGCUCCUGGCCUAAAAGCUCCCCCUGGCCAGAACAUCCCCCAAGAUGGCAGAGGAGGGCAGCAGUACCAGGGACUGUGAGUCUAUCAGCGUGCUCAACUGGGAUCAGGUUAGCCGGCUGCAUGAGGUCCUGACCGAGGUCGUACCUGUCCAUGGACGAGGCAACUUUCCAACCUUGGAGAUAACCCUUAAGGACAUCGUACAGACUGUCCGCAGCCGACUGGAGGAGGCAGGCAUCAAAGUUCAGGAUGUCCGACUGAAUGGCUCUGCUGCUGGCCAUGUUUUGGUCAAAGACAACGGCUUGGGUUGCAAAGAUCUGGAUCUGAUCUUUCAUGUGGCUCUUCCCACAGAGGCAGAAUUUCAGCUGGUGAGAGAUGUGGUUCUGUGUUCCCUUCUGAACUUUCUGCCGGAGGGUGUGAACAAGCUCAAAAUCAGCCCAGUCACCCUGAAGGAGGCAUAUGUGCAGAAGCUGGUGAAGGUUUGCACAGAUGCAGACCGCUGGAGUCUGAUUUCCCUCUCCAACAAGAACGGGAGAAAUGUGGAGCUCAAGUUUGUUGACUCCAUCCGGCGUCAGUUUGAGUUCAGCGUGGACUCCUUCCAGAUCAUCCUAGACUCUCUGCUUUUGUUCUAUGACUGCUCCAGUAAUCCCAUCUCUGAGCAUUUCCAUCCCACAGUGAUUGGGGAGAGUGUGUACGGGGAUUUUGAGGAAGCCUUUGACCAUCUUCAGAACAGGCUGAUCGCCACCAAGAACCCUGAAGAAAUCCGAGGUGGGGGUCUUCUUAAGUACAGCAACCUUCUGGUGCGGGACUUCAGGCCUGCUGACCAGGAGGAAAUCAAGACCCUGGAGCGUUACAUGUGCUCCAGGUUUUUCAUCGACUUCCCGGACAUCCUGGAACAGCAGAGGAAGCUGGAGACCUACCUUCAAAACCACUUCGCCGAAGAAGAGAGAAGCAAGUACGACUACCUCAUGAUUCUUCGCAGGGUAGUGAACGAAAGCACCGUGUGCCUCAUGGGGCACGAACGCAGGCAGACCCUGAACCUCAUCUCUCUCCUGGCCUUGCGAGUGCUGGCAGAGCAAAACAUCAUCCCCAGCGCCACCAACGUCACCUGUUACUACCAGCCAGCCCCUUACGUCAGCGAUGGCAACUUCAACAACUAUUACAUUGCCCAUCCUCCAGUCACCUACAGCCAGCCUUAUCCUACAUGGCUGCCCUGUAACUAAUCUUAAGACCUGAGGGUUUCCACAGUGGGAACCCGUUUAGGGCAGGGGCUCUUGGGUAGGAGAGCCUCCUCCUAGACGUAGGUGUUUGGCUUUUAAAGGGGAACUCAGCUCUGACUGCUUUUCUUUGUGAGCCCAUCGGAAUAGGUCCACAGACUAUGGUGAGCCAACCCUCAAAGGACCAUAUUACAGUGCCACUCUGGAAGAUGCAAUAGGAAGUGUGUGACCUCUCUACUACUUUCUAAGAUAGUCACUAACUUGUCACUUCCCAGAUAUUAGCACAUGGAAUUUGAACUCUGCACAGUCUCUGAUAUUGGGAGAGUUGGGCAGCAUACAAGAAGUGUUAAAGUCUCUCUUCUUGGCUAAGCCUACAUUCCUUCCUGUGCAGGCUCUCAUUCAGGAUUCUCAGCAGUUACACAGAAGCUGUGCUGAUAGUCUCUUACUGUGUCCGUUUUAGUCAGCCCCCCCCAAACUGGUAAACACGAGGGUGCUCUUUGUGACCGAAUUUUCCUUCACGGGACUGAGUUGUGUAUGUCUAGUCCCUGUCAGCAGAGCUGAGAGUUUCGUUCAUCAAUAAACCAAAGCCAAUAGCUGGAGACUUGAGAUCUGGUUGGAAGUGGUUUAUGGUAGAUGCUGGGCUGUAUCAAGGAAUUAUGAGAUAUUGUGGAGAAAAAAAAAUGACCUUUUCUUGAAAUGUAACUUGAAAACAAAAUAAAAUGUGGAACAUAAUGUUAAAAGUAGAAUUGUGGGGGUGGCGAUUGUCAAUAGGAAACAUGAAUGUUUUGUUUUUGUUUUUUUGUAAGGAAUUCUUAUAGGAUGACAUGUUUUUCCCUUCCUCAUUGGCUCUCUGAUGACUGACUCUUGUUUGCUCUUCCUGAGAGUUAGGACUGUGUUGUAUUUAGAGUCACUGUCAUGUCUGAUACGAGGUUUUUCCCAUGUUUUAAUUGGUAGCCUACUUUUGGACAUCAUUCCCAGUAUGACAGCUAUUUUGCUGGAGUACGUUGACCUUUCUUCUCCAAUCCCUUCAAAAACAGCGAUUGCAUUCCCCAGAUAUUUUUCACAGCAGGAAAAUUUGGGAAUUUCAGGAGAAAAGAGUAACCAGUGAACCCGCUUUUGAAUUUCACUUGCCCUCUCCAAGUUGCAGGGAAGUAGGUGUUUAGUGUCGUCUGGCCUUGUGUGUUCUAGUCACCAAGGUGCUUUGCUGUCACUCUGCUGUAUUUGGGGAAGAGUUGAGUGAGUGAAGGGUAACCUUUCUUAUUGUGUAGAUUUGAGCGUUGUGUUUAUGCUCUGUACUUCAGAAGGAAAACAGUGUUAAUUGCUGGCCCAAAGCAAGCAGUCCAUGGGAAGAGGCCUGGGCAACUGUUGCCUUACCUAGAAGGUUCAGAUGAGAGAUUUCACUCUUUGAAACUUUCCAGGGGAUAUUUUAGAAUGCACUUUAGUAUCAAGGGGAAGGAUAUUCAGUAUCACCAGCAAGCUUAAUUUCUAAAGUCAUUCCAUCAGAUCCAUGAACUCAAUUUUCACUUUGUCCAGUGACCAUAAAAAUUCAAAGGUUCAAGCGAUUGCUUUGUAUUUGCUUUAAACAAUCUAGUUAUCUUCAUGCAAAAAAGCUUAGUGCAAAUGAAGUAGCUGGCCUUUUCUAGUGUUGUGUUUUCAAGUUUCUUCUGGAAUGUGGGUUAUUGGUCCCCUUAAGAGUUGAUUGCCGUGCAUCUUCACUGGCCUUUAUAUUAAGCUAGGUCACCAGAAGCCACUUAGUAUAACUAAGUUUCUGUUGCCCUGUGAAUCUUAGUUAUGUUUGAAUUCACUAGCUUUGCAUUCUGUGAUGGGACCUGAGCUGUUUGAGUGUUGAAAGGAAGGUAAUGAAAAGCGAACCCAACUUUAAAAACCACCGGUCAUCCAUGACCUUAAAAUGCUGCCUUUGUAGUGAAAUGAGAGCAUGUUUGCACAGAAAUAGAUUUGUUUAAUCAGAGUUUUUGAAGUGGGUUGGAGCCUCUCUCAAUGCAAGCACUUGCUAAUAGAAGCAGAAAUCAGGAUAGCCUCCACUGAGAAGGUUUAGGAACCAGUGGGGCGCUGUUAAAAAACAUCUGGCUUCUUUUUGGAAUCCUUUCUGCUUUAUAUAUUUUUUUCCAGUCUGGUCAUAGUCACCUGAGAAUGGAGAGAGACACACAGAAGUUGUAAACCACCGCUCUAUGACUGCCCUCUUGGUAGUUUCUUUGCCCCGCCCAGCUGUUAGGUAGUUUGAGAGUUGGUGUGUGUCUUAGAACCAUCAUAGUAAAAAGUUGCAUUGACCAACGCUCCGUUUUUAAGACACAACACUUGGAUUGUCGUGGUCUGUACUAGAGGUGUAUCCACCUGCUCUGUGAACCUUCUGCCAGACCAGAAAGACGCCAGGGAACCUUGCAUUUCAGAAGUCAGGAAGUUCUUUCUGGAACCUGCCUUUGGUGCUACUUGCAUGCGCACUAGACACCCUUAUUUGUCGUGUAUCCAGUGGCUCCUCUGUGUGUGUGUGUGUGUGUGUGUGUGUGUGUGUGUGUGUGUGUGUGUGUGUGUUUUGGGUAAUGAGAAACUUGGCUUUGGCUUUGUCAGAGGCCACUGAAAUGCAAGUGCAGGCUCUAACUGGGUCUGCCCUCCCAGUCUACUCUUCAGAGUCACCAGCAGUUGGGUUAAACUGUGCCUUCAUCAUUGAGUCACACACACACACACACACACACACACACACACACACACACACACACACACACACACACACACACACGGUCCUUGGCCUUGAGCUCCAGCCUCACACCCUCCUCCUUGGCAACAAGAUGCUGUUCCUUGGUCAGUCACUCUAAUGCUGAGACGAGACUCUGGUUACUAACACCUCUAAAUUAAAUUCCUGGUGACUGUUUAUGGACUGAGUCAUGGCCUACACCUGGACAUGGCAGAUGAGUGAAGUAGGGUAGGGAAAAUUCUUGUCUUGGUUCUUGAGUUUUGGUUUUUUGUUUGUUUUCUUGCUUUUUUUUUUUUUUUUUGACUUUUCCAGUAUUUUCCCCCUCCUGUUUGACUUAACUUGGAACUCCUGUCAAAGUGAGCUGUGUGUGGAUCUGUGCUUUGUGGUAAUGUAGAAAUAGUCAUCUUGCUAAGCCCACAGUCUGCUCACCUUCUAGCUGACUGGGCGCUAGCCCCUUCAUGGUGGGUUAGGAUUUUACCCAGUACUGCUUUAGUUUUCAGACAUGUCACCACUCAGAACCAACUUUGAUCUUUCCUGUGGUGAUCUCUCUUGUACUGGUACCCUGUUUCAGGACAUAGCUAGACUUAACUCAAAAGCUUUCGUCUAUACGCUGGGUAAGGUAAAGUUAUCCAAGCAUCCUGAUGCCUCCCGGCCAUUACUUCUUGAGUGUCUAAUGGGACCUGCAUUGGGGAAAACCCUUGGAGGUGUGCUUUUAGAAAUUGAAAGAGUUCCUAAUUCUCAAAAUUGGAUUUACAUCAUUAAUCUUGAGAACAGAAUUUCACAAUUUCACAACUGAUUUUGGAAAGGCCUGGCAACCUCUCAGGAUUAUCUGUGGAACUCUCUGAGGAAAGAAAAUUACUGGGUUUUUUGUUUUUUGUUUUUUUAAAUGAAUUCAAGUGCCUUCAUCUUGUUUACCUAUCACUUAAAAAAAGUACUUUAAGUAUAAGCUUAAAGAGUUCUGGAGUUUUACCUGGGCUAUUGAGAUUUGGUGCAAAUUCUCAUGUGUGUUUAUGUAGGAAGGUGAGGUGACCAUCCACUAAAGAGGAAGGAGCUAAUUAACAUCAUUUGGGGACUUUACAAAAGAGAAUCCAUCUACCGGGCCUUUUUGUGUAUUUGUGGAAACUUGGUUUUCCUGAAGCAUCUAUUCACUUCCAAACUGACAUGGAUGAAGACAAAAUUGCCCAGUGGACUCCACUGGCAGCUCCCAUUUCUGUGUUUGCACAGGCUGAUGCAUCCUCAACAGUGUCUAGAGGUACCAGCUUCCUCCUUGGUACUGGCCGCUUACCUUCUUACUUGAUGCAGAUGAGAUUUCUUAUCAGUGCAAAUGUAUUAGAACUUGAUGAAAUAAAGCUUUGAGUUUGAGAAAUAAAGGUAUAUUUAAAAGUGUAAAAAAAAAAA